AUGCAAGCGAAGAUAUCAGACUAUCUCACGAAGAAACUACCGGAAAAACAAGUGCAGGUAUCGGCACCGCUCCUCAUGAGAUAUCCGGUGAAGGGCGGCAUGCGACAGUUGGUGGCUGAUGAUAUAGAGGGCAAGCAAGUGAUGUCGGUGAAAACAACUCUGCGCGAGUUCUGCCGGAGUUUCCCUGACACGUACUUGCUGGCACCGCCGCACGUGCCCGCCCCCUCCGUCACUCCGGCGUACUGCAAACGGCUGUUGAAUUCGGUGGAGGACGGUAUCCCAUUCAUCGGAGCCUUUGAGGUGUUUGAGAUUCGGGACAUGCGCGAUCGAAACAACACGUCCACAAAGCACUACAUUAUUGAUGGUAAGGGGUUUAGGGUUUUAGAGGCACUACAUGAUUGA